CAAAACCCUGGCCUAUAAAUUUGCUGCCUCCCUUGUCUCAAACCCUCUUGCGCUCCUGGUUGCCGUACUCUCUCUCGCCCAAUAAAUUUUCUUUGAAGGAGCGAUCCGGGAGUCAAUAAUUUUGCAAUCAUGUUGGUUUACACCGACCUUUUAUCUGGUGAUGAGCUUCUCUCGGAUUCGUUUCCAUACAAGGAAAUCGAGAAUGGAAUGAUUUGGGAAGUCGAUGGAAAGUGGGUCGUUCAAGGAGCAAUUGAUGUGGAUAUUGGUGCUAAUCCUUCUGCUGAAGGUGCUGGUGACGACGAAGGUGUUGAUGAUCAGGCUGUGAAGGUGGUCGACAUUGUUGACACCUUCCGUCUUCAGGAGCAACCUCCCAUGGACAAGAAGACGUUGAUUACAUACAUUAAGAAGUAUAUCAAAGCGGUGACACCUAAGCUGGAAGGGGAGAAACAAGAGGCAUUUAAGAAGAACAUUGAGGGAGCAACUAAGUAUCUGCUUUCAAAGCUCAAGGACUUGCAAUUCUUCGUUGGGGAGAGUAUGGCUGACGAUAGCUCUAUCGUAUUUGCAUACUACAAGGAAGGAGCCACUGACCCGACAUUUUUAUACCUUGCCCCAGGUUUGAAGGAAGUCAAGUGCUGAAAGAAGAAAUCUUUGAAGCAGAAUGCUUCAUGUAGCAUUAGUCGUUCCUACUAUGUUUGCCUUUUUCUCAUGACAUUUGAAUUUGGAUGGUUUGGGCUGUUUUUGUUUUCGUUUAUUUUGGGUUUCCUUGUUUUGGCCUUGUUUACUGGGAGCUUAUGUUCUGGUGAGUGCAAAAGUUUACCUUAUUUUUAUGCCUAAUGAAUCUCUAUUUUUAUUA